AGAUGAUGGAGCAUCUAUCUGCGGACUGUGUGUGGAUGUGAACCCCGCUCUGCAGGGAGGAGGACGGACACAGAGCCGGCAGCUCAGGUUGUUCCAGAGAUUUUCAGAAAGGGACCAGGGCCUUAGUGUCCACAGCAGGUCUGUCCUCUCCCCCGCUGAGACGACGGCACCAUGGCCGACCAUGAGGAAUCCAUGAAGAUGAAUUCCCACUCCUCCCAUCUUGCGGAGCCCCCCAAAGAGAGCAUGCAGCUGAAGAAGGAGAUCUCGCUGCUAAAUGGUGUCAGCCUCAUCGUGGGAAACAUGAUUGGCUCUGGCAUCUUCGUCUCCCCCAAGGGCGUGCUGUUCUACAGCGCUUCAUACGGGCUGUCCCUGGUCAUCUGGGUGAUCGGAGGCCUGUUUUCUGUGGUGGGGGCCCUCUGCUACGCCGAGCUGGGCACCACCAUCACCAAAUCAGGAGCAUCCUAUGCAUACAUCCUGGAGUCGUUUGGCGGCUUCCUUGCGUUUAUUCGCUUGUGGACAUCGUUGUUGAUCAUUGAGCCCACCAGUCAGGCGGUCAUCGCCAUUACGUUUGCAAACUACCUGGUGCAGCCGCUCUUCCCGACAUGUGAGCCCCCGUACGUAGGGUCCAGACUCAUCGCUGCAGCGUGCGUGUGCCUACUGACAUUCAUCAACUCUGCCUAUGUGAAGUGGGGCACCCGCGUUCAGGACAUCUUCACCUACGCUAAGGUGGCGGCCCUCAUCGUCAUCAUCAUUACGGGCAUCGUCAAGCUGUGUCAGGGUUACACAACCAACUUUGAGUCCGCCUUUCAGGGAUCCUCGACAGAUCCCGGUAACAUUGCACUGGCGCUCUACUCCGCCCUCUUCUCUUACUCCGGCUGGGACACCCUCAACUUUGUUACAGAAGAGAUCAAAAACCCAGAAAGGAACCUACCAUUGGCGAUCGCCAUCUCCAUGCCCAUUGUCACCAUCAUCUACAUCCUCACCAAUGUGGCCUAUUACGCUGUUCUGGAUGUUAGUGCUAUACUGGCGAGUGACGCAGUUGCAGUGACGUUUGCAGAUCACACUCUCGGUGUGAUGAGCUGGAUCAUCCCCAUCGCUGUGGCUCUUUCCUGCUAUGGAGGCCUCAACGCCUCCAUUAUCGCCGCAUCCAGGUUGUUCUUUGUGGGCUCCCGCGAGGGUCACCUUCCAAACACUCUGUCCAUGAUCCACAUCCAGAGAUUCACUCCGAUCCCUGCUCUCGCCUUCAAUUGCGUCAUGUCACUGAUCUACCUGACAGUGGAGGACGUCUUCCAACUCAUCAACUACUACAGCUUCAGCUACUGGUUCUUCAUGGGCUUAUCAAUUGCCGGCCAGAUCUACCUCCGCUGGAAGGAGCCCGACAGACCCAGACCUCUCAAGCUGACUUUACUGUACCCGGUGUUGUUCUGUAUGUGCUCCAUCUUCCUGGUGGCAGUGCCUCUUUACAGCGACACCAUCAACUCUCUGAUUGGCAUCACCAUUGCCCUGUCAGGAGUUCCCGUCUACUUCCUGGGCGUCUACUUACCGGAGUCCAAGCGACCAGUUGUCUUCACCAAGCUGCUGCGUUCUGUGACGCACUUUACCCAGUACACCUGCUACUGCGUGCUCACAGAGAUGGACAAAAGUGAAUAGCAUCCAGUGUGUUUUUUUAAGACUUUACCCAGCAGCCUCUGCUGCCUCAGAGCUGACAGUCACCAGGGGGACCUGACAAGGGAUUCUGUUGCGGAAAAAGGAUUUAUGACUACGAUUGAUUAUUUUUUUGAACUGAACACCACACUGAGGCGCUCCGAUUUCACUGACUUGUUUACAACACUGAAAAUGCUGCCACAGACGCACAUGUUCACUCACAGCUUUAUUUCCUGGAAGGAGCUGCAAGGAUCUCAACGUUCAGUUCACACAGUUCUCUGUGUCGUAUUUCAUGUUGCGACUACUGUAAGAUACAGUUUCAUUUCUUCAUCACACUAUUUGAUGACUUACUGUGACUUUCAUUAUGAAUUAUCUGCCUUCCUGGUUUACAGGUAAUAAUAAUAUAAAUGCUGUGUGCCUGUGAGAUUCUACAGGUCUGUGCACAUGACCACAGCAACCUCAUAAUGAUGCAAGGAGAGUUUAUUCAGUGGAUUUAGGUUGUUGUAAUUGAAGGAUAUUGUGAGAGGUAUAUGUGAAUGUUCCCACCUGAGGAUUUAAGUAUUUUAAAUGGUCUGUUCACUUCCUAAACGACCUAAGGGAAGAAAAUGUUUUGUCUGCUGCUAACUGAAGAUGUUGGAUCAUCAUGCUAAUGUCGUUGCUUUCUUGUCAGUUUAGUGUCAUUUUUACCUCCACCAAAGGUUUAAGCUUUCAUCUGCAUUUGCUUGUCAGUUAGCAAAAUUACGCAUAUCCUUCUGGACAGAUUUCCAUCAAAUCUUGGUGGAGGGGUGGGGGAGGACCUCAGGAAAAGGCCAUUCAAUUUUGGAUUAGAUCCCAGAAUUGUUAAUGUAGCAAGAUAGAGCUAAACCUUCUCUGUAGUUGCUAUAUGCUGAAAGUAUGCUUUCUACCAUCUGAUACAUUUAAUGACCUGUGUCAGAGUUUAAAGUUUGAUUAAAGGCUCAGUCUGCAGAAUCCACUCAGUAAACCAGUUCAUUUUAAUUAUUUAACAUGUGCUUACAUUUAUCUGAUUUUAUUUGACUGUAACAUUAGACACAUUUAAGCUUGUGCUGUAGUAGAGGAAAUUGGAGACAGUUUCCUGCAGUGUAGUUUUAUGGAUUGUGUCAAUGAACGUUUAAUUUCAAUCAAACACCAUCUGCUCCUCAGUGCGUCCUGUCUGCUGCUGCUGCGGACAGGUCAGCGGAGCUUCAACUAGAUGCUGGAUAAGAGAGGAAUGUUUCGAAGAUGAGAAUGGCUGAUUCUAACAUUUCAGAGUCACAAUUUAAGCAAGUUGGAACAUUUCAGUCUAGAUUUAGUCCACAUUGACCUCUCAAUGGCCUACCUCAAAAUAAAGAAAAAGGCAUUACCUCGGGACAGUAACUCAACAGAUCGAAUUUUAUCGAAUUUUAACAUUUCACUAUUUGUUCCUCCACAUGCUAGACAUUUCAUUUAAAUAAAAUAUGUACAUCACUUCAGUUGUAAAUCAGUCUCUUAAAUUAUUAGAGAUGAAUUUAACCUCCAGGGAGAUGUUUUGAGUGG